AUUAAGCGCACUUAUUAAAAGUUUUUUCUCAACAAAUCUCAUCUUUCAACAUAAUCAUUUUCACAUUAUAUUUUAAUCACACAUCUGUGGGAGACGGAUAUUAUACAACUUUUGUGAGAAAAUACAUAUUGUUUUUACUUAUUCAUUUGGAAAGUUUUAUAAUCAAAUAAAUUUAUAAAACUGGCUUCACCUAACACAAAUCAUAUGAAGAAAAGGUCAAGUGGUGAAUACAGUCCGGUCUUAUCAGAUGCUACUGGAGAUUUGGGCUGUUUUGGUUUUAUUCUAUUGGGAUUAUCUUAUUUAUUGGUAAUUGUAACAUUUCCCCUAUCAUUAUGUUUUACUACUCGAGUUAUUGCUGAAUAUGAACGAGCAGUUAUAUUUCGUUUAGGUCGUAUAUUACCUGGUGGUGCUAAAGGUCCAGGUUUAUUUUUUGUUGUACCAUGUAUGGAUCGUAUGCGUAAAGUUGAUUUAAGAACAGUAACAUUUGAUGUUCCACCACAAGAAGUACUUACUCGUGAUUCUGUAACAGUUGCUGUAGAUGCAGUUGUUUAUUAUCGUAUUUAUAAUCCAGUUGUUGCAAUAACAAAUGUUGAAGAUGCUGAUCGAUCCACUCGUCUACUUGCAGCAACUACAUUAAGAAAUGUUUUAGGUACAAAAAAUUUAUCUGAAAUAUUAUCAGAACGUGAUACAAUCUCUGGUAUGAUGCAAACCAUGUUAGAUGAAGCUACAGAUCCUUGGGGUGUUAAAGUUGAACGUGUUGAAGUUAAAGAUGUACGUCUUCCUGUACAAUUACAACGUGCUAUGGCAGCAGAAGCUGAAGCAGCUAGAGAAGCUCGAGCUAAGGUUAUUGCUGCUGAAGGUGAAUGGAAAGCAUCACGUGCAUUAAAAGAAGCUGCUGAUGUUAUUACUGAAUCACCAUUUGCUGUACAAUUAAGAUAUCUUCAAACAUUAAGUACUAUAUCAGCUGAAAAAAAUUCUACUAUAAUAUUUCCAUUACCAGUUGAUUUAGUAACCCAUUUUAUGCAUAAUAAUAAUCAUAAUAAUAAUCAUGGUUCAAAUACUACUACUACUACUACUAAUACUAAUAAUAAUCAAAAUAAAAUAAAAAUUACACCUCCACCACGUCUAAAUGUUGGAUCUGGAUCAACUACAUCAGGUGGAGUGAUGACAGUAGUACCAUCAUUAAGUGAAUUCACAUCAUUCACUGUUAAAGAUCAAUCAAUUAUUGAUAAUAAUAAUAAUAAUCAAUUCAAUGUUUAAAUAAAACAAUAAAAAGAAAUAAUCAACUAAUGAUCAUUAGAUGGAUGAAUAAGAUGGAUAAAUGUCAACUUCUAUUGUAUACAAUACACUUCAGUAUAAAGAUCUAUCUAAUCUAAUCUAUCUAUCCACACAUCUAUCU